AAUAUUUCAAAUAUUCGUCAACUGAUCAGGGAAAGGCGAAAUAGACAACUUUAUAUAUAUACAAUAUUUAAUAACGAUUGGAGCCUUUCUUAUGCAUCUAACUAUCAUGGUUUUGUGGAGGUUACAAUUCUCUUGCUUAAGUUGCCAUUUUAUAAAUGAAUCUAGGAAUAUCUUAAUUAAAAAUUCUAUCCUGGCUGACGGAGUUUCUACUAAACGCAUUAAAAACAACUUAACCGUAUAAUUUUUCAUUACAAACGUGGAGUUAUGAGACUGAGCAUCGUACAGACAAGGGUAGUCGCCGGUUCGACUCCAGAAGAGAUUUAAAUUUAUGUUGUUGUUGUUUUGUCAUAAAAAAGCUGUUGUAGGUAUUUUUUGACAGGUCUCAGCCAGACUUUUGUUUAAAUAAAUUAAAGCAACAUUUUUUUCCUUUUCUGCUGUACGCAUACAACCGAGGACCAGUGUAUAUCAGCUGUGUGAAUCUUUGUUGUUUUGUGGCUUUUUUUUUAAAGCUGGCAUUAAGUAACUUCUGGGCAAAGCCCCACACAGCGUUGCGGGAAUCACAUGCAAAAUCUAUAAAUAUACAACACUGCACUUGAUUCCAAGCAGUAUCAGUGUACGCUGAGCCGCAAGAUGUUCAGCUUCAUGGUGUUCGCUUGGCUGCUGUCCUGCAGUACUGUGCUAGGCGUUGAGGUUGACUUGCCACUGGGCCGCAUACGUGGUACCAAUCUGACAUCGAGACUGGGUGUGCCGUUUCAUGCUUUUCGCGGCAUACGCUAUGCAGAGCCGCCGCUGGCUGAGUUGCGAUUUAAAAAUCCACAGCCAGUUAAGGCCUGGGCACCGGCUACUUUCGAUGCAGAGCAGGACGGCCCCAUGUGCCCGCAGCCGUGGGACAAUAUGACAGAUGUUUCAGAAGACUGUCUUCGCUUGAAUGUCUAUACGAAAAAUCUAAACGCAACUGCUCGUCUGCCAGUCAUUGUGUUUCUGCAUCCAGGUGGAUUCUACGUUUUCUCCGGUCAGAGCAAAUACUUUGCCGGCCCGGCACAUAUGAUGGAUCGCGAUUGUGUACUGGUCACACUGAACUAUCGUUUGGGGAGCCUGGGGUUUCUAGCCACAGGCAGUGCAGAUGCCCCUGGCAAUGCUGGACUCAAGGAUCAGGUGCUGGCCCUGCGCUGGAUUCAGCAGCACAUCCAUCACUUUGGGGGUGAUCCUCAGUCGGUGACGCUGCUGGGUUACAGUGCGGGCAGCCUGAGCAUCGGUUUGCACAUGUUGUCGCCGAUGUCGCGAGGACUGUUCCAUCGUGGCAUUUGUAUGAGUGCCUCGCCCUAUGGCCAGUGGGGAUAUUCGACAGCGGAUGUGCAGCUGGCACAGCGCCAGGCACGUCUGCUGAACUGCCCAGAGCAGCCACUCAAUGACUUGGUCAGUUGCCUGCGCGAGAAACCCAUGCAGGACUUUGUUAGCUCCUACAACGGCAUGUUCGAGAUUGGCUGGAAUCCAGUGCUCAACUGGCUUCCAGUCAUUGAGCAGGACUUUGGUCAGGAGCGUUUUCUGCUCGAGCAUCCAUACAAAACGGCUCAAAGUGGCCACUUUUACAAGGUGCCUCUUAUCACUGGCAUCACUGAGUUUGAAUUUCUCUCGGGCGCAUUCUUUGAUUUGCGCAAUGACAGCAUACGCAACAAGCUUAAUGCUAACUGGGAGCAUUUUGCACCUAUAGCGCUGCUCUUCGAGCGGGACACGCCCCACUCGCGGCAGGCCAGUGCUGUGCUACGAAACGAGUAUCUGGGCAGUGGUCGUAUCGAGAAUCCGAGAUCCCUGCAAGGCCUGGGUAGGCUCUAUAGUGAUGCCCUCAUAGGCGUCGAGUACCAUCGAUUUAUGCGCCUAAUGGCCCCCCAUACACCUAUAUACACGUACUAUUUUCGCUACAAGGGACGCUAUAGCUUCCUGAAGCAUCCCGAUACCAAUCAAACUUUUGGUGCCGUACAUCAUGAUGAACUCUUGUAUUUGUUCAACGUUCCGAUCCUAACUCCUCUCUUUAAACAGAGCGACCCCGAGAAUUUGCUUAUUGAACGGCUCACACGAAUGUGGACUGAGUUUGCCAGAAAGGGUGAUCCUCACAAUGCAACUGAUGAAUACUUACGCGGUCUUCAUUGGCCUUUAUACAAUUUCCAUGAUCAAGCGUACUUAGAAAUUGAUAUCAAUCUAACAGCGAAAACUGGAAACAUUCACGAAGAACGUUUCAGAGUUUGGGAUGAACUGUUUCCGUUUCCGAGCUUCUAAUUAAAAUAUUACAAUGUUACUCUUACACACAUGAUGACAUGCAAGAUUUAAAUUAAAAAUGCAGAAAAUGCGCUUUCCAGUCCAAUAAUAGCUUACAUAUAUCAAUUUUUUUCUAUUUGCCACUCCCCUGUAGUAGGCGUAUACAUAAUAUUUUGAAAUAAUAUACCCUUCUUAGCUUUUGGCUUAAGAUUUUACAGAUAUGUGAAGAGAAUAAUAAAGCUCGUAAUUGCUGAGCGUCAAAAAAUAUCUUGUAUAUAAAUAUUUUUUCAGAUUAUGUCGAACAUAAACUUAAUAUUGGACAGACUCUUCCUAUAGAGUUUUAUGAUAUACUAGUACGAUUUAGUUUAAUCUUUUCCCAUUUAGUAGAACGUGAGCUCCCGACUAGGGGAUACCCAGAACCCCCUUUUUAAAACAUCAUAUG